UACCAUGUCCUUUUCCAGUGAAUGCUUUAGGUACACUCGAGAUCAACUGCUGAAACUGAGGAAGGUGGUUAACAUUUCCGAUGAUAUGCUUGAAAUCAAACAAGAAUUUCCUCUACUGUUUGGUGAAAAUGCCCAUCGAGGUUGUGCAGAUUCCAACGUGCAGGUCCAGUCUCAGACUGGUUUUUCCGAGCCACAGUUUGCAAGAACUCCAGUAUCUCCCAACCCAGGGGGAGGACCUACUCCUGCACUAAUCAAGGCUGAGCUGGCAUCGUCAGCAGCUCGAAGAAGCAAUCUUUCUGACGAUGAUCGUGUGUUGAAGAUUGUGAUGGGUAUACUCAACAACCCGACUCUGAAAAGGUUUGAUCUCCUAAAAAGUCAAUUGAUAAUUACCGGGAUAACUAGUGCAGACAUUCUAAAGGGUGUUGUUACCUUGAUAUUUGACAAGGCUGUACUAGAACCAACAUUUUGCCCGAUGUUUGCCCAACUGUUUUUUGAUCUCAAUAAAAAGCUGCCUCCAUUUCCUUCUGAUGAAUCUGGUCGCAGAAAGAUUACAUGCCGGCGUGUUCUAUUGGAUAAUUGUCAGAAGACAUUUGAAGGUGCUGACAAUCUGCAAGAAGAGGCGAGGCAAAUGACAGCACAGGAGCAGGAGUCAGAACGCAAGGACAAAGAAAAGUUGAUCAAAUUGCGAAAUCUUGGCAAUAUACGGCUUAUUGGAGAGCUUUUUAAGCUUAGGAUGGUCACUAAAAACAUUAUUCGUAUCAUUGUUAAGGAACUGUUAAUGAGCGAUCACAAAUGUUGUCUGUCAGAGGAGAAUGUUGAAGCCAUUUGCCAGUUAUUCAACAACAUUGGCAAGCUGCUUGAUAAGAGCCAAGAUUCAAGGGACAACAUCGAUGUUUACUUUGACAGUUUGAAGAAACUGUCGACAAAUCCUCAGUUGACUCCACAACUGAGGUUUAUGGUUUGCGAUGUGCUGAAUUUACGAUCCAAUAACUGGGUUCCUAAGCCAAUUUUAAUUCUGUAAUUGCUUGACGAGCUAAACCAAACUUGCCAUUUUUCUUUGAGCCAGCAUAAACAAAUCAGAAGCUCGUUCUGUCUUUAUUUUAUGCUUAGAUCAUGGACAUUAAUGUUCGAUGUAAAAGCACAUAAAUGUUUUAACCUACAUUUACAUUCAAGAGCGAAGUACAUCAUAACUUAUGUAAGUAACUUUGGCUAGAAUUAUGCGUAUAACUUGAACACAUCUAUUAUAUAUAUGUUCAAGUUGCGUUACACAAUGUCUUUGCAGUUGGUAUGAUAAACGAAUUAUAUUUA